AACCUUUUGUCCUUUUUUAAUCUUUCAACCUUGUUCUCUCACAAUAUAACUAUCCUCUCUUUAGGGUUCUUCUCUCUUCUUCUUUAACCUCUCUCUUCCUCUAGCUUCUUCUUCUUCUUCUUCUUCUCUACAGAAGGCAAACAAGAAAUCUUUUUUCUUUCUUUAAGGCGAUCAAGAUUAGGGUUUCGAAUGGGUAGGUGUGGAAGGAGCAGCGACGGAGGGAUGGGUGGAGUUAGACCGUACGUACGAUCUCCGGUGCCUCGUCUGAGAUGGACGCCGGAGCUUCACCGGAGCUUCGUUCACGCCGUUGAUUUGCUUGGCGGACAAUAUAAAGCAACUCCAAAACUUGUUCUUAAGAUAAUGGAUGUGAAGGGACUAACCAUAUCACACGUCAAGAGCCAUCUCCAGAUGUAUAGGGGAUCCAGACUCACUCUUCUUGGGAAACCAGAAGAGAGUUCUUCACCAUCUUCAAGAAUAAGAAGAAGAAGACAAGACAAUGAAGAAGAUCAUCUUCAUGACAACUUGUCUGUACACGCAAGGAAUGAUUGUCUUUUGGGUUUUCACUCUUUUAACUUUAGAGAGCAGACUGAUAAUGAUGACGAUGACUUUCUUAACAUCAUGAACAUGGAGAGAGCGAAGAAGACAUUUGCAGGCUACGCCGAGUCCAUCAAGUUUCAGUCUCAUCACUUUCUCGAGGCCGAGAGCAGGAAGACCAAUUGGAAAAACACAUGGCGAGAAGACGAACACGAAGAAGAAGAAGAAGAAGAAGAGUUAUCGUUGUCUCUAUCUUUGAAUCAUCCUCAUGAUAAACAACAACGUUGGAAAAGCAAUAAUGCAGCAUCAUCUCUUAGUGAAACAAGUGAAGCAGUCUCAUCAUCUUCAGCUCCAUUCAUCUUCAGAGAUUGUUUUGCUUCUUCCAAGAUUGAUCUUAACCUCAAUCUCUCCUUUUCUCUACUUCGUAGCUGAACCUUUUGUUCACUUGUUCUCAAUUCUAGUGUAGUGAAUAUUCAGAUUGUUUACAAUCGUAAUCUUUUUUUUUAGUUAGGCUUCGAGAUUCUUAUCUU